UUCUUAGCCAGGCAACCAGGCAACUAACCAACUCUGCAAGCAGGCCCCAGAUCAUUACAGCAUACGACUUGAAUCAAUGAGCGUGUGUUUUCCUAAAAGCUCUACCGCGCAAGGAUGGCUCAGCAGAUCACCUCCCCGGUUCUACCUUUUAUGGGGAGGCUCCCGACUGAAAUGCAACCGGGAUGUCGCAUCAGGAUACGGGGAGUUAUAAGCCGUCCCAGUGGAGACUGUCGCAUCCACUUGCAGAGCGGCGAUAGUUUGGACCCGAUGGAUGACGUUGCAUUGCACUUGAACCUUCGGCCUACCACAAGGGAAAUUCUGCGUAACAGCUGCACGGCCGGCCAAUGGGGACAUGAAGAACGUGCUGCAAAUAGCCCGAUAAAUUUUGAUGACGACUUUGAUUUAGUUAUCGGUGCUGACUCGGGUGGAUAUAAUAUCGAGAUUGAUGGUCACCAGUUCACCAGUUUCAAUCACCGACUAGCAGUGCAAAGUGUGCGAUUUAUCUUCAUAACGGGUGGUUGUGCUAUACGUGCGGUUCUGUUUGAAAAUUGGAACGUUAACGUGCCGAAUACGAUAAGUGUUCACCCGAGUGCUCCGGUCCUUGGCCAAACGCCUUCGUCGCCUUCAAUCCCGGUUCCGUUUCAGUUACCGUCGUGGCCUCAUGGCAAUUUUCAGCAUUUCGGCAUGCCGCAAACUCCAGUGUACCCUCAAGUGCCGUAUCUUGCAUACAAUCCAGCAAUGCUGAUGCAGCAGCCAUUGAUAAUGACUUUCCCUAAUGAAUCACCGAAGAAUUCUGAUAAAGGAUCAAACAUGCAGUACAACAUAGUUAUAACGGUUCUAUGGAAAAUAUGCUGCAUACUUUUCAAGGUCCUUAAGUUCAUCCUGGCGGCGGUACUCGGCGGCAUAGGCGUAUAUAUACUAUCAAAACGGCUUCGUUUGUGACUGUCGAAGAUGUCAGAGUUAUCCAGAUUAUCAGCCAUUACAUUUAAAGAUAAUCAUUUGUUACCAUCGUAUAGUACUGAAUACUGUUGUAAAUGUCAUUGAAAUUCAUUUCAAUAAAUUUCGAAGAACUUUGUUUCAAAGAGAAUUUAUAUUUGAGGUAUUCAAAAAUAUUGCACCAUUCAGGCGUUAGGCAUGUUCUGAAAAUUAUUGAAUGAAUCGGACUUCAAUAGCUAUUUAGGUCAAAUUAGUCAAAUGACAUGCAAAUUACAUUUUACAACACUGGUACUGAAUAAUAUCAUCGUGGUUUGGCCCUUUUGUAGAUAGUUUAAUUUUAGCUCCUGUAUGUUUUCGAAAUACAUUUAUUAUUGUUAUGUGGAAAAAAAAUCACUCACCAAUUAGAUCCGCUAUUCCGCUAUUUAAUUAAAAUAAUCUCGAUGACCGAACCAGACAUUUAUCAUU